UAAUGACGGGUUUCCGAUUGGCUUUUGGAGGAGCACAGGAACUCUAUAAUGUUCAAGCAGAUAUAGUAACUUUCGGAAAAGUAAUUGGUGGCGGGCUUCCCGUAGGAGCUUUUGCUGCAAGAUCCGAAAUUAUGGAUUACUUGGCACCCAAUGGGGCAGUGUAUCAGGCAGGAACCCUCAGUGGGAAUCCUCUUGCCAUGAAAGCA